UUACAGUUGAUUGAUAUUUGAUAAGGCUAAGGUAUUGUUACAGCCUACUGUCACUGUACUUUGUUGAUUGUUGCCUAUGCAACCUUGAUUGACACAUAGUACUGUUGCGCAACUUAGUGUUUUAUUUUAGUGAGGACGUUUUGUGUAGUAUAUACGUAGAGUAUAGUAUUUUGUUUUGGCUUCAGUGGUAACUGUAGAGCCUUAGUGUAAACUAGUGUAGUCUAGUAUUCCCUCACGAUUGUUUAUUUAGUGUCUCAGGUUGUUAUAGUAGCUGUUGUACUGUAGUGUUAUAUAGUGUUAACGUAGUGUAAUCAUGACUAGUGUAGUAGAGCUAACGAAGGUAGGAAAAGAGUUAGGUUAUGAAGGAGAGGAGUUACGUAACUUUGUUAAGGAAGAGCAGGCUAGGGAACGUGAGGAAAGACAUAGUAGAUUAGAAGCAGAGAAAGAUAGAUUAGAGUUAGAAGUUAGGUUGCAGAAGGAAAAGAUAGAAUAUGAACGACGUAGUAGCUUAGAGGCUGAGAAGGAAAAGUUAGAGUUAGAACGUAAGUUAGAACUAGAUAAGUUAGAAAUGGAAAAGGAGAAGUUAAUGUUAGCUAGGAAGUUAGAAACAGAAAAGGAGGAAGCAGAAAGUAGGAAAUUAGAAACAGAGCAUAAGUUUAAGACAGACUUAGAAAAGAUGAGUAAGAAAAAGGUAAAGGUUAAGAUGUCUCCCUUUGAUGAGAAAAUUGAUUCCAUGGAUGCGUACUUGAAUGUGUACGAAACGUACGCUGUUGCGCAGGAUUGGGAUAAAGAGAUAUGGUCACUUAACUUACCGUUCCUUCUAAAGGGUACGGCAAGAGAGGUUUUUGAUAGGCUUCCGUUGGAAGAUAGGAAGGAUUAUGAUAAACUGAAAGCCGCUUUGCUACGUCAGUUCGAACUCACUGACGAUGGCUAUAAGAAAAAGUUUAGAACUGAGAGGCCUCGGGAUAAUGAGACCUUUGUGAUGUUUCUAGCCAGAAUAAGUAGAUAUUUAGAUGGUUGGCUUAGAUUGAGUAAGGUAGAUAAAACGUACGAAGGAUUGUUAGAUUUUAUUCUUAGGGACCAAUUUUUAGAUGUAUGUAAUAGAGAACUAUACCAGAAUUUGAGUAGUAAGAAGUUAGUUAAAGCUAAGGAUGUAGCAGAAGAUGCAGAUUUGUUUGCAAAGACUCGAGGAGGUCCCAAGUAUGUCGUGAAUCGAACCAAUAAGGACCGGAGCUAUAAACCAUAUGAAAUACCUCAGAGACAGUAUCCUAGUAGUCGUAAUGUAGGCACUAGUAAUAGAGGUAGUAGCAAUGUUGCUAAUAGAGGUAGAGGUUUUCAACCCUUUGGUGUACUGAAGUGUUAUAAGUGUGGUCGAAUAGGGCAUAGUUCAUAUUACUGUAGGAUGGAAAGUACGGCGGUAACAGUGCUAAUGCAGCAGCAGAGUUAG